AUGUCGUACAUGCUCCCGCAUUUGAACAAUGGCUGGCAGGUGGACCAGGCCAUUCUAGCUGAGGAAGAUCGUGUUGUCGUCAUUCGUUUUGGGCACGAUUGGGACCCUACGUGUAUGGCUAUGGAUGAGACAUUGUACAAAGUCGCCAACAAGGUCAAGAAUUUCGCCUGCGUGUAUUUAGUAGAUAUUAGUGAGGUCCCCGACUUCAACAAAAUGUACGAAUUGUAUGACCCCUGUACUACAAUGUUCUUCUUCCGAAACAAGCAUAUUAUGGUCGAUCUCGGGACUGGUAACAAUAACAAGAUCAAUUGGGCCAUCAACGACGGGCAGGAGCUCAUCGACAUUAUCGAGACGAUUUACCGGGGUGCUCGCAAAGGACGCGGUUUGGUCAUCUCGCCCAAGGACUACUCUACCAAAUACAAAUAU